CCUUUUGCAAUACCAGCUGCUAAAAAGAAGUGUAUUGUCUUAGCAAAUGACUUAAAUCCAGAAUCACAUAAGUGGUUGGAACACAAUGCAAAACUAAAUAAAGUAAAUGCACUAAUACAUACUUUUAAUAAAGAUGGUGAAGUUUUCAUUAAAGAAGAUGUGAGAAGUGAUAUGUUACAGAGAUGGCAGAAUGUGGACUUCAGAAAUAACACUAUGCAUAUCACAAUGAACCUACCUGCUAUGGCAGUUACAUUCCUGAAAGUUUUCAAUGGCCUCUUUACUCCAGAAGAAUUAGAAUCAUUAGAAAUAAAAAUAUUUCCAGUUGUCUAUGUAUACUGUUUUGCAAAGGGUGAUAAUCCAGUGACUGUGGCAAAAAAAAUGGUAGAAGAAAAUUUGUGUGUAGAGCUGAGAGAAGACAUGAUAGAUGUCUUUCAUGUUCGAAAUGUUUCUGUGAAAAAGGAAAUGAUGCGUGUUGCAUUUCAGCUAUCAAAAAGCAUUCUUACUGGUGAAUGCAGUAGGCAUUGUAAGAUUUCCAGAAAAUGUGUACAAAACUUUCCAGGGGACACCCAAGUAAAGAGGCUGUGUGUGGAAGACAGUGGUGAGAAGCAGAUAACAGAUGGGAAAGCAGAAGAAAGGCAACAAGCAGGUGAAGAACAUCUUUAAAGUAGCAGGAGCAAGGAGCUUGAAAUCGAAAAACAAGGCAAAGGCAGUGUCUGUACAGCUUAAGAAGCUGAAUGAAGUUACUCGCAAGAAAACUGCAGAAGUUGAUGGACAGUUAACAGCCGAAGUGCAGGCUAAACUUCUACAGAAACAAGAAGCACAAAAAACUGUUAAGGAGAAAGGUGAUGUGAGUCAGGCGGAAAAGCGGUUUCAGGAUAGUGAGAAGGACUCUUCAGUAGCUUUGAAUAAGCUCUGUGAAAUGCAAAUGGACUGACUUAUGCAAAUGAAUUAAGUUAGUUUUGAUUUAAUCACAGGAAUCAUAUAUUAAUUCCUCUGUUGAAAGUACACUUUUGCUGUGUUGUGUGGAACAUUUAUUACAUAACAGAAAGAGGGACAUUUUUGCAUAGUCUGCAAGGAAUAAUUCUUGAAUAAAGUGAAUUGAGAGGUAAGAAUAUUUGAAUGAGAACCAGUUUGAAUAUAGGAACACUGAUUAUAGUAACAGUAAAUUUUAUUGUUAUGCAAAAUGGCUUCCCACACUGCUGGUAUUAUAGUAAUUGGGGAUGAAAUACUGAAAGGCCACGUUGUUGAUACAAAUUCCCAUUUCCUGUGCCAAAGUCUGCAUUCGUUGGGUAUAAAGGUGUGCAAAAUAUCCGUUGUGGGUGAUGAUGUUGAUGAGAUAGCAUCAGAGGUGUCAAGUUUUUCUCAGAAAUAUAGCAAAGUAUUCACAAGUGGUGGUGUUGGCCCAGCACAUAAUGAUGUUACGUACCUUGGUGUUGCUCGUGCUUUCAAUCAUGAUGUUGAAGUGAACAAGGAGCUAGCUAGAAUUUUAUUGGAUACAGAUUGUGUAAAUAACAUCAGUGAGGAUGCUAAUCCUGCGUUGAAAAUGGCUAAGAUACCCCAAUUAUCAACUCUGAUUUAUUUGAACCCUACUAGGACCUACGAUGAUCCGUCGUUGAUAUGGCGCAGUACUAUCCCAGUAGUUAAAGUUAAUAAUGUGUACAUUUUUUCUGGGACUCCCAAAUAUUUUGAACUUGCUGUAACCAACUUGGAAGACCUUUUUAAGAAUCCUGACGGUGAAAAAGUUUACACGCUUGAACUAAACCUGAGGAAGUCUGAGUUCGAUAUAAUUCCUGUGCUUAACCACAUUAUUGACAAAUUCAAGGGAUCGGUUGUAUUUGGCAGCUACCCACAGCUUGAUAAUGAUAUUUACAUGACGAAGGUGGUGUUUGAGUCGACGUCACUCCAGCAGUUGGAAGAAGCAGACACAUAUCUUCGAAUAUUUCUACCUCCCAGAAGCAUUGUUGACCCCUGGGAGGGAGGCGUGUACUGGACGGCGGAAAAGGCCCUCAAGAAAGGGCUCUCUACAGCAGUCACUGCAGCUGUGAAGAUUCUGGAGGAAUGCUAUGAUAAAUACAGCCCUUCAGAGAUUUUCCUGAGUUUUAAUGGUGGGAAGGAUUGCACAGCUCUCUUACAUCUUGCCACAGCAGUACUGCGCAGAACGUUUCCAUCUCUGAAGAAACCGCUUUUUGCUCUGUACAUACAAUCACAGGAUCCAUUUCCUCAAGUUGAAGAAUUCAUUGCUGAGUCAGUGAAAAGGUAUAACCUAGAACUGAAGAAAGUUCCUGGUCCAAUCAAACGCGCUCUUGGGGAUGUAUUAGCGGAAAGACCUGAGCUGAAGGCAGUGCUUAUGGGCACAAGAAGAACAGACCCAUACUCAGAAACACUGAAUUCCUUCCAGGUGACAGACUCAGGCUGGCCCCAAGUUAUGCGUGUGAGCCCAUUGCUGGACUGGAGUUACCAAAAUGUGUGGACAUUCCUGCGUGACCUGUCAGUGCCCUAUUGCACACUCUAUGAUGAAGGGUACACUUCACUGGGUAGUCGCCGUAACACAGCCCGUAACCCUGCCUUGAGUUAUGUUGACAGUAAUGGAAUUGUACAUUACUGCCCAGCAUACACACUUCAGGAUGGUGCCGCUGAAAGAAAUGGGAGACACUGAAGGAAUCAUCAAUUAUGAGUGAAAAUGUGUGACUCUGUAUCAUCAGCUGAAGAGCUGGAGCAACUUGUGGCCAUUGCUUUCGGUCCAGA